AUGGCGCAGGCGCGGCACCCGGUCUUCAAAUACAGCAAGUUUGAUGUGGCUGCUCUAUGCAACUUGGCCAGCGAGAAGCGAGGAAAUCCUUCUUUCUGUGAUGUCAAUCAAGUACCCACACGCGGAGGUUUCAAUUGGGCUAAACUGAUUCGCUUUGAAGAUGGCGAAGAAUGCGUCUUCCGCUCACCAGUACCAAACCACCCGGAGCUGUCUAACGAAGGUGUCGCCAGGCUUCUUGAGAGCGAAGCUGCAACGCUUUUGUUCCUCGAAAAAUACACGCACAUACCUAUUCCCACCGUCUAUGCAUCCUGCUCGACUUCGGACAACCCCAUUCAAGUUCCAUUCAUUCUGAUGAGCAGGGCUAAAGGCAAGUCGCUGGCCCAGAUGUGGGGGCAAGAGAACUUCCAAUUUCCUUCGCAUUCACAGAGCGAAUCCCUGAACAAAAUAAUGCACCAACUAGGAUGUUUUGCCUGGGAACUUUCUCGACUUCGCCAUUCGCAGAUCGGAUCCAUCUUCUUAAGCGAGGGACAUUUCGCUAUCGGAGAAUGCCUUUCACGGGGGCAUAUGCAGUAUAAGAGACAUUCCUUGAGACUCCUCCCCCGUGGACCCUUCAGCUCCAGCGAUGACUUUCUAUGCAGCCUCCUGUCGGCGUUCGCUGGGCAAGCACAUUAUCUGCCACUGGCGAAACACUGCUUUUUUGCACCAAUGCCAGUCAAGAAAGACUACCCCAGCAAAGAUAUGUGGGAAUAUACCAACCAUCUUUGGACUAACUUUACGUACUUGGGAAACAAAUGUGACUCCGCGGCAAACCGAAUUGACUAUCUAAUCGCCGCCGACGCUCUCUAUGAUAUGAUCAGUCAAUACAAAAGUAACUGGGAGGGCAUUACAACGUCGACCGAAUUCGCUCUCUGCCACCCAGAUUUGAGCGCGGAAAAUAUCUUUGUUGAUGAUGAUUACAGUAUCACGUGUAUCAUCGAUUGGGCAUUCACCACCACUGUCCCGCUCCCUUUUCUGUUGUCACCCCCGGGGUUUCCUCAAUCGCGAGACAAGCUGGAUGAGAAAUUCUGCAUGGCUUUCAGGAAUGGAUUCGAAGACGCUUCGAGCGGGUGCUUGACUGAUGGAUCAUCGGGCCUUUCAAUCCCUAGAGCUAUCGAGUGUAUUCAGGGAAGCGAGUUUGCUUGGUGCCUUUCCAGGCUUCUCGCACUUGAUUCGAUCGACGACCUUUCCAUUUUUCGCACAUUGUGGCAAAUAGUCUACCCUCCCGAGAAAAGCCUCGAGUCAUACUUCUUUUCGCAGAGAGCUACCGAGAAGUAUCGACGGUGGUACCGUUUGAUCGACGAUAAGCAUCCGUCAGAUGAUCAGUACACACAAGAUGAUAUCAGUUCUUUUCCCCAUGAUCAACAAUAUGAGUUGUCCAUGGCUCGUCACUUGACUAUGGUUGCUGAUUGGGGCAUCAAUUACGACAUGUGGAUAUGUGCCGGUCUCCGAGAAACAGGUGAGACAUUCACUACGACGCCACAGCUUUGGCGAUGGAUUAUGUGGUACAGAACCUACCAGCGUGAGCAGCUUGGCAAGGAAGUGGUCAAACAUAGAUGGUUGCCGAAUGAGUGA